AUGGCUAAGCAACCUCCUUUCUGUUAUGGUGGUAUCCCUGGUAUGCACGGCAAGCCUGGGUCUCCUGGGGCACCAGGUCGUGAUGGUCGUGAUGGCCGUGAAGGAGUCAAAGGUGACCAGGGUAGCCCGGGAAAGACUGGACCCCGGGGACCUCCAGGAACUCUUGGUAUCAAUGGAAAGAAUGGCGCCAAAGGAGAACCUGGAGUCCAAGGCCCUCCCGGCCAAAAGGGGCAGCGCGGAGAGAGUGGAACAAGUGGAAUCCCUGGGACUCUUGGUGUGAUGUCUUAUAAGAACUGGAAAGAGUGUACAUGGAAAAACUUGAAUGACGGCAAAGAUCACGGUCUGAUCAAGGUGAUUGAGUUUUAUAGGUGA